GCAGGAUCUUGUUCCGGCGAAGGCGGGCUCUUCGACCCAGUCUUUGUGAGUCAAGGGUCUUUUUUUUUCCAGCACCCCUAGCUUAUCGAACGAGACUAGCUCAUGGUUGCUUGCUCCCUAGGGUUCAUGGGGAAGUGGUUAAAAAGGGCAACUGGUUCUUCCUUUCGCUGGGCUUUGCUUUGAUAGACAGAUUCCAAAAACGUCCUUCAACUUUUGGUCUGCGUUGACAUCUGUAGUUUCACGGCUGUCGGGUUUUUGCUCCCUUUCUGUUUCGGUUUAUCUGUUCUUUUUUAUUUAUUUAUAUAUAUAGAGAACUUUAUUGUUAUAUCCUUUCGCUGAAGUUCAUCUGGGGGGUUCUACUUUUAAUAUUAACGUCUCGCCUUUCGGGGCGCGAACUACGACUCCUAAAAAGCCAAGCAAGCGCAUCAAACAAGUGGCAUUGCCCGAAGAAUCGGUUCCUAUGGCUCCUGAGGAUACCGUAAUCGACGAUUCGGAAAAGAUGCGCCAGGAUCUGAAUACCUCGAACCCAAGGGGGAACAGCAACAUCUCCACUGGCGUCGACGUCGCGGCGGCGGAAGCGGACUUUCAAGAAUUGAGUCGCCAGUUGACAGGGUUGUCCAAGACUACCAGCAGGCAGACCCGGCGGAUGAGCCGUACGCACAGCAGGGUGGGAGGAGCGGGGAUAAAGAUCGGAGGAGAUCCAGAGAAGGCUGAGGAUGAGGAGGGGAACCAAUUCGAUUUGGAAAAUCACUUGAGGGGCAACGAGAGCGCGGAUAGAGAAGCCGGGAUAAGGCCUAAGCAUAUCGGUAUGGUUACUCUGUCCUUUCUUUUAAGCUUUAGAUUUUACCCUGGAUUUUUGGGGAUAUUUACUCUCGUGCGAGCUGAGUGAGAAUUGAUGGGUACUAACUCUUUGUGUUACCUAGGCGUCAUCUGGCAAGAUCUUACAGUUUCGGGAAUCGGCGGAGUAAAGAACUUCAUAUCGACGUUCCCUGACGCGGUAGUUGGCUUCUUCAACGUCUUUGCUACGGCUGCUAGUAUCUUGGGACUGGACAAGAGGGGUCGUGAAUUCGAUAUACUUAAGGGCUUCCGCGGCGUUACCAAGCCCGGCGAGAUGGUCCUGGUUCUCGGUCGCCCUGGUAGCGGCUGUACCACUUUCCUCAAGGUUAUUGCGAAUCAGCGAAUGGGAUAUACAAGAGUGGAUGGGGAAGUGCUCUAUGGGAAAUUUUCGGCGGAUACUUUUGCCAAGAGAUAUCGUGGGGAGGCAGUGUAUAAUGAAGAGGGUGAGCUAUGAAUUUUCUUUUUUUCUUUUUGUGUGUGUGUGUUGUGAUUAAUAUGAAUCAUCACAGAUGAUGUUCACCAUCCAACGCUGACUGUCGGCCAAACUCUCGGCUUCGCGCUUGACACCAAGACUCCCGGAAAACGCCCUUCCGGGAUGUCAAACCAGGAAUUCAAAGACAGUGUGGUAAAGCUAUUGCUAAAGAUGUUCAAAAUUGAACACACAAUAAACACAAUCGUCGGAAACCCCUUCGUUCGCGGGAUCUCCGGCGGAGAACGCAAACGUGUUUCGAUUGCCGAAAUGAUGAUUACCAAGGCCACCAUCUGCUGCUGGGACAAUUCCACCCGUGGGCUUGACGCCUCUACUGCUCUCGACUAUGCAAAGUCCCUCCGUAUCGUGACAAACAUCUACAAGACUUCUACUUUCGUAUCGUUGUACCAAGCUAGUGAGAGCAUCUAUGCCCAGUUCGACAAAGUUCUUGUCAUCGACGAAGGCCGCGAAGUCUUCUUCGGGCCAGCUAGCGAGGCAAGAGCCUACUUUGAAGGACUCGGGUUUUUGCCCAAGCCUAGACAAACUACUCCCGACUACCUCACCGGUUGCACAGACGAGUUUGAACGGGAAUUCGCCCCCGGCCGUGAUGCCACAAAUGUCCCCGCCUCUCCAGAGGCUCUUCAAGAAGCAUUCCACAAGUCUCCGCAUUACGUUCGGCUCAACCAGGAAAUGGAAGCCUAUCGGGAGUCCCUCCGUGAGGAGCAAUUCGAGAACUUUGAGGUCGCGGUUCGCGAGGAAAAGCGUCGUGGAGCGCAGAAGACUUCUGUGUACACAAUUCCUUUUUGGCGGCAGAUCUGGGCGCUCAUGCAGCGGCAGUUUUUGCUUAAAUGGCAGGAUAAGUUCUCGCUUGUGGUCUCCUGGAUCACCUCUAUCACUAUUGCAAUCGUUCUUGGCACCGUUUAUUUGGAUCUUCCGAAGACCUCCGCCGGGGCUUUCACCCGUGGGGGGCUGUUGUUUAUCUCGUUGCUGUUCAAUGCCUUCCAGGCUUUCGGGGAGUUGGCUUCUACCAUGUUGGGACGCCCUAUCGUGAAUAAGCAUAAGGCGUAUACGUUUCAUCGACCGUCCGCUUUGUGGAUUGCACAGAUUGUGGUUGAUGUUGUGUUCGCCGCUACGCAGAUUAUGGUGUUCAGUAUUAUCGUCUACUUCAUGUCUGGUCUCGUCCGUGACGCGGGGGCGUUUCUCACUUUCUGGCUUGUUAUCAUUACCGGGUACCUUGCUAUGACGCUCUUCUUCCGAACAAUCGGGUGUGUCUGCCCGGAUUUUGAUUACGCUAUGAAGUUUGCUGCUAUCAUUAUCACAUUUUUUGUGUUGACUUCUGGGUACUUGAUUCCUGAUCAGGCUCAGGGGAAGUGGGUUUCUUGGAUCUUCUACAUCAACGGAUUGGGACUGGGAUUCUCGUCGCUCAUGAUGAACGAGUUUAAACGUCUUACUUUGACUUGUACCUCUGAUUCUUUGGUUCCAUCUGGUCCUGGCUACGAGAACCUUCGGUACCAGACGUGCACUCUUCUUGGAAGUUCCCCAGGCUCGAGUGAUAUCGACGGAGGAGAUUAUAUCAACCUGAGUUUCAAUUACGACCCCAAGGACUUGUGGCGCAAUUUCGGUAUCAUCAUCGGGCUUAUCGCAGCAUUCUUGGUCACCAACGCCCUUCUUGGAGAAUACUUUUCCUACGGAGCCGGCGGAAAGACGAUCACUUACUAUGCUAAGGAGAAUGCCGAACGCAAGGAACUCAACCAGAAACUUAGCGAGAAGAGGAAGCGUCGUCGCCAGAAAGAAGCUGCGGUGGAAGAAGAGUCAGCACUGAGAAUAGAAUCCAGGUCGGUCCUUACCUGGGAGAAACUCGUCUACGAAGUUCCUACCCCCGGUGGCCCACUCCGUCUAUUGAACGAGAUCUACGGCUACGUCCGUCCGGGAGAACUCACCGCUUUGAUGGGUGCCUCAGGAGCCGGAAAGACUACCCUCCUGGACGUACUAGCGAGUAGGAAGAAUAUUGGCGUGAUAACUGGAGACGUGCUAGUAGAUGGCAAGCCGAAAGGGACCGCCUUCCAGCGUGGGACUUCAUACGCAGAACAGCUUGACACGCACGAGCCCACACAAACCGUCCGCGAAGCGCUCCGUUUCUCUGCAUACCUUCGUCAGCCUUAUGAAGUCCCCCGCGCUGAGAAGGACGCAUACGUGGAGGAAGUCAUCGCGCUGCUGGAAAUGGAAAACAUCGCAGAUGCUAUCAUCGGGGACCCAACUAACGGAUUAGCAGUCGAGGAGCGCAAACGAGUGACGAUCGGUGUCGAGCUAGCCGCCAAGCCCCAGCUCCUACUCUUCCUAGACGAGCCCACCUCCGGCCUUGAUUCCCAAUCCGCCUUCAACAUCGUUCGUUUCCUCAAGAAGCUUGCCAAGGCUGGACAGGCUAUUCUCUGCACAAUUCAUCAACCCAACUCUUCGCUCUUUGAGAACUUCGAUAGGCUGUUGCUCCUUCAGCGUGGUGGUGAGUGUGUUUACUUUGGUGAUAUUGGAAAGGACGCGCAAGUUCUCUUGGGCUACUUUGCUAAGCACGGGGCACAUUGCCCUCCCGAUGCCAAUCCCGCGGAAUGGAUGCUUGACGCUAUAGGCGCUGGACACGCGCCUCGCAUUGGAGAUAGAGAUUGGGCAGAUAUCUGGCGCUCCUCGGAAGAACUUUCGGACAUCAAGACCAUGAUAUCCCAGAUGAAGGAUGAGCGCGUAGCAGAGGUUGGGUCCACACCCCCCGUCGACGAAAAGGAAUAUGCAACACCGGUUAGCUUCCAGAUCAAGGAAGUCAUGAAAAGAACCAAUUUAUCCUUCUGGCGUACUCCGAAUUAUGGUUUCACCAGAUUGUUCAAUCACAUUGCUAUUGCGCUCCUCACGGGACUUGUAUACUUGGAUCUGGAUGAAUCCCGCUCGUCCUUGCAGUCCCGCGUGUUCGUCAUCUUCCAAGCCACAGUCCUUCCGGCACUCAUCCUCGCACAGGUGGAGCCAAAGUAUGACAUGUCACGCCUAAUCUUCUACCGCGAGCAGUCCUCAAAAAUGUAUGGCCAGUUCGCGUUCGCAUCGUCAAUGGUGGUAGCAGAGCUACCGUACAGCAUCAUGUGCGCCGUCGGCUUCUUCGUCUGUCUGUACUUCCCACCAGGCUUCAACCCGGCCCCGUCCCGCGCGGGAUACCAAUUCCUGAUGAUCCUAAUCUGCGAGCUGUUCUCCGUGACACUCGGACAAAUGAUUGCCGCGCUCACCCCCAAUUCGUUCUUCUCCUCGCUGUUGAAUCCAUUCAUCAUGAUCACCUUCGCGCUCUUCUGCGGCGUUACCAUCCCCAAGCCCAACAUUCCCGGGUUCUGGCGUGCAUGGCUGUACCACCUCGACCCCUUCACGCGUCUGAUCGGUGGGAUGGUGGUGACGGAGCUCCAUGACGCUCCCGUGACCUGUACUUCCAGCGAGUACAAUACCUUCCCCAUACCGGACGGGGAGACGUGCGGUGGGUAUGCUGGGAAGUUCAUGGAACUGGCGCCUGGGUAUAUCCGGGAUCUGAACGCUACGGGAUCGUGCGAUUAUUGCGCUUUCUCCGUCGGUGAUGAGUUUUUCGUCCCGCUGGGACUGAAAUUUGAGGACCGGUGGAGGGAUUUGGGAAUCCUUACGGCGUUUGUUGGGAGUAAUUUGGUGAUUUUGUUCCUGGCUGUGAGUUUUCUUCGUGAUCCGCUGUUUUUUUUUUCUUUUGAUAAGUUUGCUGAUUUAUUUUUUCCCUUUUAGUCGAGAUACCUUAAUUUCGCUCGUCGCUGAGGUUGAACUAAUUACCUUUGGACGGAAUAGGAGCAUGCACCUCUCCAAGGUUUUAGAAGAGAAAAUACAUCCAUCCUUUACUCUUAAUAUUUCUUUUUCUUUCUUUUGUUCUCUAUAUUCCUUCUUUACCUCUCACCUAAAAAACUAACUAAAAACGGAUCUUUUUAUAUAAUCGUUUAUAGAUGGACGCACUUAAUUUCCUUUCUAUCUCUCUCUUCCCAUAGUUCUCUCUUUACGGCACCUUGUCCCCGGAUUCAUACAUCAGUUUUACGGCGUUUGACUUUUCCCUUUCCUUUAGAUUUCAAGGUUAAUACGGCAUCUUCUCUCUUUUUUUUCUUUCGUUACCGGAUGAGUUGGAUGAGGGAGCGAGGGUAUGAAUGAGUAUUUGGUUCAGCGUUGCUUUACACACCUUGCUAGAAAUACGUUUUGUAUGGAGAGGGGUGGCUUUACGCUAUGUAUAGUAGUCAAGUUAGUAAUGCGAUAAUACUUUUGGGAAUU